UUAAGAAUGCAGGAGCCGUGUUUUGACGUACUGAGGACACAACUACAACUGGGAUACACUGUAUACUGUCAGAACCUGGUCACAGUGGCAUCAUGGGACUCGCUGUAACAGUCCAGUUCCAAGCCCAGAAGUUUACGAUGCAUGAGGUUGACAACCAUAUUGAGGAUUUCCUGAACAAGUUCAAAGAGAUGUUGGAUGAAAUGUCCAAAGAGGAGUUUGAUACAUUGGUGGAGUCUCUGAUAGCAGUCAAACUUACAGAGGACACUCAAUUAGAGGAGGAAGUCAACAGAUACUGGGGGGAGUGUAAGGAACAAAACUACGUGUUUGACAGACUAGAGAAAGAGGUAGCUAUACUGAGGACUUUAACACUAGAAGACCUGCGGAACUGGUACAAACAGUAUCUGGGAGAAAAUCAGAAAAGGAUAAGCUUUCAGGUUCUUGGAAACCCAGAAGUGGAGCAGGUAGAUGGGAAGGGUGAUGAAGUGGAACCUCCCCAGAAGAAAGCUAACACAGACAAACGUGACAGAGAAAAGAGCUAUGUUGUGAGACCUGUCAAAGACUGUAACUAUCCUGACCACCAGUGUAUCAGUGAUAUACAGCAGCUCAGAUCUAAAAUGCCAAUGUUUGACUACCACUGUAUCACAAACUGAUGUAGGCUGCAUAUAUAGCCACAGUGAGAAAUGUUAAAGAAAGGGUUGUGGAGGUUUUUAAUGCUUUUUAAUACUUUGACCUUAUAAAAAAAGAUACUAUUAUGUAGGGAAUGGAGAGUCAUUGAAUUACUAGCAGAUGCUGUUUCAGCAUUGAAUUAUUCUAAUGGUACAUGGUAAAUGUAUAAAGAUACGAUAUUAAGAUGUAUCAUAUAGAAACAAAAUAA